AUGUCUGCGACCCGAUUUACCAGGGCGGCGAAGCCCCUCUGCCGAUCCCUCGCCGUCAACCCCGUCAACCCCGCAGCCCGGCGCCGCUUCACCACCACACCCGUUCGCCGGGCCGCGACCGGCUCCGGCCCCGGCCCGAGCCCCCGAAUUGCUCCCGGGUGGUCGCUUUCCGGCGUUUUUGCCAUUGCUGCCGGCGCCGGCUUGCUCGGUUGGGUUGUGUCCGAAGCCCGGCAUGGGACCCUCCCCGGUGCCGUGCUCUUAGACGGCCAGUUCCCAGGGCCCCGGUACGCUAGCUUGCGGGGGAUGGAACAAGCGCUAGAAGAGAUUCGCCAAGAAAUCAGUGAGGACAUCAUUUCCAUUGAACCCGAGGAUUUGCACGCCCAUGGCUACUCCGAGUGGUCGACGGUCAACCCGGAGGGUCUACCGGUGGCCGUUGCGUAUCCGCGGUCAACGGAGCAAGUAUCGACUAUCGCAAGGAUUUGCCACAAGUACUGUGUGCCUAUCAUCCCCUAUUCAGGAGGCUCCAGUCUCGAGGGCAACUUUUCCGCCCCGUUUGGCGGUAUCAGCGUAGAUUUUGCGUACAUGGACCAGAUCGUCCAGUUCAAUAAGAAUGAUAUGGACGUUGUGGUCCAGCCGAGCAUCGGAUGGCAGGACUUGAACGAACAGCUCGCCAAGAUGAAUAGCGGGCUCUUCUUCCCUAUUGAUCCUGGCCCGAGCGCCAAAAUCGGAGGGAUGAUUGGCACCAACUGUUCUGGUACCAAUGCCGUCAAGUAUGGGACGAUGAAGGACUGGGUCAUCAACCUAACAGUCGUCCUGGCCGAUGGGACCGUAGUCAAGACGAGACGGCGCCCGCGGAAGUCCUCAGCCGGUUACAACCUCAACGGUCUCUUCGUCGGCUCCGAAGGUACCCUUGGUCUCGUCACCGAAGCGACGCUCAAGCUUGCUGUGAUCCCGGAGGAAUUCUCCGUCGCUGUUGUCACCUUCCCCUCUAUUCGGGACGCUGCGUCCGCCGCCGCUGGGGUGAUGCAGCAAGGUAUUCCCGUGGCUGCUAUGGAGAUCAUGGACGAGGUCCAGAUGAAGGUUGUCAACAUGGGCAAGGCGACCGCGCCGAGGGUCUGGAAGGAGAUGCCCACCCUGUUCUUCAAAUUCGCUGGUACAAAGGCGGGCGUCAAGGAGAACAUUAACAUGGUCCAGAAGAUUACUAAAGCCAACAAGGGCAGCAACUUUGAGUUUGCGAAGGACGCGAGGGAGCAGAAGCUUCUUUGGUCUGCCCGGAAGGAAUCUUUGUGGUCCAUGCUCUCCCUGCGCAAGGAGGGUGAGGAAGUUUGGAGCACGGAUGUAGCUGUGCCAUUCAGCAGACUUGCCGACAUCAUCGAAGUCAGCAAGAAGGAAAUGGACGAUCUCGGUCUUUUUGCCAGCAUCCUCGGCCAUAUUGGAGACGGCAAUUUCCAUGAGAGCAUCAUCUACAACCGGCAAGACCCAAAGGAAAGGGAGAAGGUCGAAGUCUGCGUCAAAAAUAUGGUAAAGAGGGCCUUAGAUAUGGAGGGCACUUGCACAGGCGAGCACUCUAUUGGCUGGGGCAAGAAAGAGUCCCUUGUCUGGGAAGUUGGACACGACACUCUUGGGGUUAUGAAAGCCAUCAAGGCGGCUCUGGAUCCCAAUUGGAUCAUGAAUCCCGGCAAAAUUUUUGAUAGACACCGGAAGUAA